AACCACAGCUGGUCCAGAGAAAUCCAAGUCUAAACCAUGAAGGACCAAAUCAAGAUCUAAACCAGGACUGAACCAGGACUGUGCCCAGACUAGACCCAGGAUGGGGGCUUAUCCGAGGAGGAGACUGCGCUUCGGUAGAGUCCUGGUUUUCAUAGUCUGUCUGGUCCUGGUUUCGGUCUACAUUUUGUCCCUGAAACUUCAAGACCCGGAUCUAGACCCAGUUCACCUGAGAGUCCGAGAUAUGGACCAGGAUUUGAACCCGGAUCUCAAACAGGACCAGGACCCAGAGCAGUUUUCAAAUGGAGUCUCUAAUCUAAAGAAGAAUAUGGAACAAGUCCAGACCAGUCCUCCUGUGGUGAUCCAAGUGAAUCGGACGGAUAUUCAGACCUGUGUGUAUGUGGACAAACCAGAAGCUACUGACCCUCCUCCCACCAACCGAGCCACCAAGAGUAAAGGCGAGUACCCGGUGGAUCUGUUCUCGCUCGAGCAGAGGCAACAUGGAUGGGUUGUGCUUCACCUUUUUGGGAUGAUCUACAUGUUCGUUGCCUUGGCGAUUGUUUGUGAUGAGUUCUUCGUUCCUGCUUUGGAAGUCAUCACAGAAAAACUAGAAAUCUCUGAUGACGUCGCAGGGGCGACUUUCAUGGCAGCCGGCGGAUCUGCUCCCGAACUCUUCACCUCUCUGAUCGGAGUGUUCAUUGCUCGCUCCAACAUCGGGAUCGGAACCAUCGUCGGAUCAGCCGUUUUUAACAUCCUGUUUGUGAUUGGAAUGUGCGCAAUCUUCUCCCGGGAGAUGCUGCAUUUGACCUGGUGGCCGCUCUUCAGAGACGUGUCCUUCUACAUCCUCGACCUGAUGAUGCUUAUCGUGUUUUUUCUGGACAACGCCAUCCGGUGGUGGGAAAGUGCAUUGCUGGUGUUGGGGUACAUCAGCUAUGUGGCGUUUAUGAAGUUUAAUGCUCAGAUUGAGAAGGCAGUGAAGACUCACUGCAGCAGACACAAGAACACAGUGCAAGUAUGGAGAGCCGACGAGACCAACAAGGUCAGGACUCUACAGAAUAUAAGGACAGAAGAGCAUAACAUCAUAAGAGAGGAGAUAGAGGAGAAGAAGAUGCAGAGGAGAGGGUCAGAUGACCACAUGAUGGAGAAGAGAGGGUCAGAUGGAGCAGAGGAUGCAGAGGUAACCGAAGCCCCUCCCCCUCCCCCUGCUCCUGCCCCUGAACCUGAGCCCAAACCCACAGUUGACCCAGAGCCUCAAAGUCCUAAGAUCAGGCGGACCUCAGACCCUCAGAUGGACCGAAGCAAAAUCAAGACGCGCCCGGCUCUGCAGAGAGGUGGCAGCACUGCGUCGCUCCAUAAUGCUUCAAUGAGAAACACCAUCUUCCAGCUCAUGAUCCACACACUGGACCCAUUGAAUGAGGACUUGUCUUUGAAUGGUGAUGUGAAGACUGGACAGAGGAGAGUGCGGAGCAGAGUGCAGCCCCUGAGCACAGCGUUAGCAGAGACAGAGGAGAACACUGCCUCAGAGGAUGGAGACCAGAACGCUCAGUGUGAUCUUCCUGUACCAGAGCCAUCCACAUCUCACAAAGUCCUAGAGAAAACCACAGAACCACCACACGAGACCAAGAUCCCAGAGGAGAGUGAGCCGAGUUCACGCAGCAGCUGUUCCUCCUGCUCUGAUGAUGAAGAGGAGGAAGAGGAUGGAGAGGCAGAGGAGGAGGAGGAGAUCGCCCCCUUGAGUCUGGACUGGCCCCAGACCUUGUCCAAACAGGUGUCAUACCUGCUCUUGCUGCCCAUCAUCUUCCCCCUGUGGGUGACUCUGCCGGACGUCAGGAAUUCUGCCUCAAAGCGGUACUUUGCCAUGACGUUCGUCGGCUCCAUCUUGUGGAUCGGCAUCUUCUCUUACCUCAUGGUGUGGUGGGCUCAUCAGGUGGGGGAGACGGUAGGCAUUUCGGAGGAGAUCAUGGGGCUAACCAUCCUGGCAGCAGGCACCUCCAUCCCCGACCUUAUCACCAGCGUCAUCGUGGCCCGGAAAGGCCUGGGCGAUAUGGCUGUGUCCAGCUCUGUGGGCAGCAACAUUUUCGACAUCACCGUGGGUCUCCCUGUUCCCUGGCUCCUCUUCUCUCUGACCCACGAUGGAGAGUCGGUGGCGGUCCGGUCUAAUGGUCUGUUCUGUGCCAUCGUUUUGCUUUUCCUCAUGCUGCUCUUCGUGAUCGCCUCCAUCGCUGCGUGUCGUUGGAAGAUGAGCCGCAAACUGGGUUUCACCAUGUUCCUCCUCUACUUCCUGUUCCUUGUGCUCAGCGUUCUACUGCAAAACCGCAUCCUCACCUGCCCCGUGUCUGUUUAA